CAGAAAGCGGAAGAAGAAAUCGGAAGUGACGUCGCAGUCAAACAAGUGAAUCUGAGGCCGCGGAUGGAAAGGCCCAACUCGCUGUUCGCUGUCGAAGGUGGUCGCGAGACCCUGCUCUCCCACCCGGUCGGCCUCAGACCCCUGUCCCACGGACCCGCCCGCUGCGGGACAACUCCAGGAUUAGGAAGAACCAGGGAGACACCUACUAUUAGCGUCCAUUGGGAACUAGCACAGUUGCCCAGUUUAUCGCGUUAGGUUCUCUUUUCAUCCCUGGGCUCUGAUAGAUUGAGAUUUUUUUAAUAUCCAAAUUUCAAGAAUACACUGGAUAUCACUCUUAAAAAAGCAAAAGGAAAUUAUGAAGGACUGUUUUAAUUAUUGAAACUACAGUUGAAAUCAUGGCUACAUCAGCGAAUCUGGACCUUGGAGCCCAGCUAAUAGUGGAAGAGUGUCCCAGCAGUUAUAGUCUAACUGGCAUGCCAGACAUUAAAAUAGAACAUCAGCUGGAUGCAAAUGCAGAAGAAGCAUCGGCUCAGGGUGUCGCCAUGGGAAUGAAAUUCAUAUUGCCUAACCGAUUUGAUAUGAACGUGUGCUCUCGAUUUGUGAAGUCCUUAAAUGAAGAGGAUAGUAAAAAUAUUCAAGAUCAGGUUAACUCGGACCUGGAGGUGGCAUCUGUCCUAUUUAAAGCUGAAUGCAAUAUCCAUACGUCUCCUUCUCCGGGAAUCCAAGUAAGGCAUGUCUACACUCCCUCUACAACAAAGCACUUCUCACCCAUAAAACAGUCAACUACCUUGACCAACAAACACAGAGGAAAUGAGGUCUCAACCACACCUCUGUUAGCAAAUUCUUUAUCUGUUCACCAGUUAGCUGCUCAGGGAGAGAUGCUCUACCUGGCUACUCGCAUUGAACAAGAAAAUGUUAUCAAUCACACGGAUGAAGAAGGAUUUACUCCUCUGAUGUGGGCUGCAGCACACGGGCAAAUAGCUGUGGUAGAGUUUCUACUUCAGAAUGGUGCUGAUCCCCAGCUUUUAGGAAAAGGUCGGGAAAGUGCACUGUCUCUGGCCUGUAGUAAAGGCUACACCGAUAUUGUCAAAAUGCUGCUUGAUUGUGGAGUUGAUGUAAAUGAAUAUGAUUGGAAUGGAGGCACACCUUUGCUUUAUGCUGUGCAUGGAAAUCAUGUGAAGUGUGUAAAAAUGCUCUUAGAAAACGGAGCUGACCCAACAAUUGAAACCGACUCUGGAUAUAAUUCUAUGGAUUUAGCUGUAGCCCUGGGCUAUCGAAGUGUUCAACAGGUCAUUGAGUCACAUUUACUGAAGCUGCUUCAAAAUAUCAGAGAGUAGAGAGCGUCGUCAAAGUGCGCCUGCCCUUCCGUUCACUUUUUGGCCCUUCUAAAUGAUAGUUUUGUUUACUUGUAAGUUUUUACCUCAGUUGCAAUAUUUACUGAUUUUUACUAAGUUUUAAUAAAUAUUCUUCUGAGUAAUUCACUGGUUUAUAAUAAAAUUAAUGUUGAUGCUUUUUUAUAAAUGUGUUUUAUGGCAUAUUUAAAAUUAUAAAUUAAUGUUUUGUGGCAUGUAAAUUUCUAUGGUACAUUGUUGUCUGUCUUUGUAUCGAGUGCUGUAAUUUAACAUUUUCAGAAAUUAUUCUAUCCUAUUCAUCUGUACUCUUAUAUUAACUCAUUGUCUUUAUAUAGAGUUUGCUAUAAAUCAUAGAAAAAAAUUUGUUAUUAUUGAAUUAAAAAUGCACAGUGUGAUUGUUUACAAAAUGUUAUAAAUAAAUAAAGUAC